UGGGUGUAUAUAUAUGUAUUAUGUGGGAGGCUGUUUGUAACCUUGCAUGACUACCUUCCUCCCCUUCUCUCUCUCAUUCUUUCUCUCUAAGAUAUUCAUAUCUUGAAAUCUGUAUAAGUAUAACACCUUCAAUCUUCUCUCCCACACACAACAAAACAAGAAUUUAAUCUUGAAGUGCAUGGAAGUGGAAAUGGAUGCUUCAGGUGUAAAUCAUCAUCAUCAUCUUCAUCAUCAUCACCAUCAGGAAUUGUCUUCAGAAACACUAGAGAGCAUGUUGGUAUGCACAAAAGCACAACAAGACAAAAAACCAAGACCAGCUGAACAAGCUUUAAAGUGUCCAAGAUGUGACUCCAUUAACACCAAAUUCUGCUACUACAAUAACUACAGUCUUACUCAACCAAGGUACUUUUGUAAGUCCUGUAGAAGGUACUGGACAAAAGGUGGGACCUUGAGGAAUGUUCCUGUGGGUGGAGGGUGCAGGAAGAACAAAAGAUCAUCAUCUACUUCAUCUUCAGCUACUUCCUCUACUUCAACAUCAUCAUCUGCACUCUCAAAGAUCAGAGGAGCCCAUGAUCAUCUCCUCAAUCAACAUCAUCAUCAUCAGCAGCCACUUAGUUCCAGUAACCCUUUGCUUUCAGGGUUAACUCACUUGCCCUAUGACUCUACAUGUACUGAUCUCUCCCUAGCUUUUGCUAGGCUCCAGAGUCAAGCAAAUGGGCACUUGGGUUUUGAUCGUUUAGAUCAUUUUGAUCAAAAUGAACAUCUCUUGGGAAGCAAUAACCCUAAUUCUUCCAGUCAUACCCCUACCAGUCAUGGCGAUCACCUAGGGUUUCUUGAUGCGAUAAGAGGUGGGUUUCUUGGGAAUGCCCCUAAUGGGUAUCAUAACGUGUUGUAUAGUGGGGGUAAUGUUGGAAAUGGAGACAUUGGUAGUGUUGAAAAUGGUGGAAUCUUGAUGGGGAUGAGCAAUGCUAGUAGUGAUCAUGAUCAAGAAAUCAUGAACCCAAUGUUCCAAAAUCAACAACAUCUGAUCAACAACAGUACUGGAGCAGCGACAACAGCAGUGACAAUGUCUGCAAUGAAACAAGAAACAUGCCAUGAGUUAGGGGAGAAUAGAGGAUCAGGAGGGAUAUUAUGGGGAUUUCCAUGGCAGAUGGGUGGUGGAGAUCAAGGGGUGAAUGUGGUUCAUGAAGUUGAGUCAGGGAGAUCACAGAUAGCGGGAUGGAAUGGACUUGGUUCAACUGCUUGGCAUGGACUCAUAAAUAGUCCCCUCAUGUAGUACUAAACACAUAUGGUGAUAUGGUUUAAUUAAUUAGUAAUAUGUUAGAAGAAAAUUUUAAUUUUUAUAUAUUGUGUUAGAAGAGGAAAACAAAUAGGGGCGAAAGAAUAGAUUUUUGUAGUAAUUAAAAUCUUUUGGUGUUUGUUUAGUUUUUUUUUUUCUUUUCUUUUUUUGUGACUUGA